ACCUAUUAUGUUGACGGUGCCGCAAAAUCCACGUGUAAUUAUGGGUUAUAGUCCAGCGAAAUUUGGCUUGGGAGAUCAUGAGAUUGGUCAUGGUGCAACACGAGCGUUUGCUGAAACCAGAUUGAGCUGAAAUUCAGAGUUUAAAGUGUUCAAUUACUCGUGAAAUAACAACUUGCGAGGAUCCCUAGAAAUAGAGAUACAUGUCUAUUUGCCGACCCUCCACUACAGAGCUGUGCCUUCGUCUCUACCAAUUGACAGUCAACACCUACCUGUCUGCUGCUAUUUCCUGCAGCUAUACCUUCCAUUUGUUGAAUAAGUAAAGUAGGACAAAGUGAACAGUGUGUUAGUAAGUCUACAUCAUAGUCAGUUUCUAAGUGUAUAUACUUGAAACAUAUUAUCAUCAUGUCGAAGGCAAAAAAGACCAUACGGGCCCACCCUGAGAAGGAGUGUUUAACUCAGUGUGCAGUAAAAUAUUGCAACGCAGACCUCCGCUUCACCAGAAUCUAUCAUGUAACCGGUUUUGAUGCGGCUAAGAUGCUGUUUGCACACCAGGUUUACGCCAUCGCCAGAGACUCUUGCAUUUGCGGUAAAUGCAACACAAGGAUAGCACGGCAGUAUAAUCAGCCUAAGGAAGCAGGUCCAGUCUACGGAGGGUCUAAACCGAAGAGAGAGCGCAAAGCAACUUGCUUCCUGUCACGUUUUCAGAAGUGCGAGUCAGUCGCUGCCCAUGACACUACAGCUGGAGAUUGGCCAUCAUUUGCUGCUUGCUUUGGCUUGCAUCAGCAUGACCCUGUACCUGUCCAUGAAAUUAGUUUGUGCAAACUGCACUACGGAAAAUGGUACGAGAUCAAAAACCAAAAUGAUUGUUCGUAUUGUUUCCGGCGUUUACGAAGUUUACGCGUAAAAAAACGUCAUACUAUCCCUGACUUUCCAAAGGUAAAAGAAUUUUUACAGGAAUGUGGAGAAGUGACAGUGGAUGAAAACUCCAACAUCUGCCACACAUGCUACAUGAAUUUCCGAGAUAUCGUGGAGAUGAGACGAGAAUCUAGCGAUGAAGAAAGCAGGGGGAAAGUCCCACAGGGUCCCAAGGGAUUCAACACGGAAUAUGGGACAUCGCCAAUCCCGUUGGGUCAUGCAAUGGGAUCCCGUUGGGACCCCAUGCAGUGGUAUCCCAUUGGGUCCCAUAGCAAUGGGAUCCCAUUGCCGAUGUCCCAAAUUUCACACUGGGUCCCAUUGCAAUGGUAUCCCAUUGGGAUCCCCGUGCCAAUGUCCCAAUUUCCACAGUGGGUUCCGUCGAUCCCACUGAAUGGCAGUGUUGUAGUCGAGGCCACAACCUCCGAGGCCGAGUCCACAACCUCCGAGGCCGAGGCCACAACCUCCGAGGCAGAGGCCACAACCUUCGAGGCUGAGGCCACAACCUCCCAGGUUGGGGCCAAGACCGAGGCCACAACCUCCGAGGCUGAGUCCACAACCUCCGAGGCCGAGGCCACAACCUCCGAGGCAGAGGCCACAACCUUCGAGGCUGAGGCCACAACCUCCCAGGUUGGGGCCAAGGCCGAGGCCACAACAUUCCAGGUCAAGUCCGAGCCAAUCUUUUAAAACUUGCAUUUUUAAAUCACCCAAACAAGGCCAGGUUUAGUUGGAUUUUUAACAUCGGCUUCUGCCAUCUCGACGACUUUCAUCGUCAGCGUCAUCCACUCCUUUGUCAAUAGCCGUAGCUGCUCCAAGUUGGUGGUGCUGUGUAUAGGCGCUUGCUCACCGUCAAUUAACAGUUAAAAAGUAAUUAACUGGAAGCAUGUGAUACAAAAGAGCCGUAUCUAUUUGACUCUUAUCAUCUCAGAAACUUUGCUUCAAUAAAUGCAGAAAGCCUUGAACCAUUGAAAUUCUCAGGAUUGCGUUGAAAGUUGUCUCACAGUUUAUAAUUUGUACAACAUUAUUUUAAGGUUGAGAAAAAGAUGAUUUUCCACAAACAUGUAAAAUUGUUUUUGCGGGUAAAAGUUUGGGAUAAAAAUGGAAAGGUUUUGCUUUGAAUUUAAAUAUAAAUGCCUCUUAUACGUUCAAUGUAAAAGUCUUGUUUAAAAAUAGGCAAGAAAUCAUGCUAUAAAACGGUAAAGGCACAGGCGUCGCCAUAUAAUUUUGAAUUGGGGGUACAAUCAUGAAAUUUGUCGACGGACCCUUCCGCCAAAUGAGUAUAAAUGAUAAUUUCCGCCCAAAAUGAUCCCUUUAACUCCAUUUCGAAUUAUUGCAUAAAUAUAUGAAUGGUUAAUUAUGUUGAUUCCUUUGAAUGGAUUUAUUUUCAGUGGGAUAAGUUCAACUUCAAAAGUAAAUCGUCAAAAUUUGGCCCUGUCAUAUUGAAAAGUUUUAGACAUUAUUUUGCUCGUCGCAAAACUACGUGAUAUACACGGACGUGUGCGCAUACAUUGUUCAGGCCCUUUCCCUGAUCCCAGACUGGGGGGGGGGGGGGAGUUCUUUAAAUCCUAAAGUUGAACUUUUUAUUUGCGAGUGCGAAGCCCUGAAGGCGUGUGAGGUCCGGGGCCCGCUUAAGGGACACGGAAUUUUUGGAUUGUCUAGAUGCUCUGUGGUGCAAUCUGAGGCAUUUCUUGGCCACGUUCUCUGACGUUUUUGAUUUGAAGUUUUAACUUGGUUUUUAGGUCAAUUUUAGUCUUUACUUUUAGUCUUGGUUUUCGUGGUUUUGGUUUUACAAUAAUGUGGUCAUUUUCUUUUCAAUUGAAGUUCUUGUAAAUUAAUUCUUGUUGUCCGGGGAGGGGGGGGGGGAUUUGAAGAAUUUGUGUCUGUGACUCUAUCUAUUAUUUCAAUUCCUCGCGAAGAGAAGAUACUUAAUUUAGUGUAGCUGGUCAGUAAAUCCCCAUAUGCAUGUCUAAUAAUUGCGAGUUUCCCCAAAGUGUGUCAUU